UAGGUCACUGGCACAUCUCAGCCUGAGAUGCUUUACGGGUUGAGGAUUGAAUAUGAGUUAGUGAGGACCUGAAGAAAACUUGCUGCUGAAAAGGACGUUUUGAAGCUUUUUUUGACUGGAGGAGGUGUUUCUGGAAUCCCACUUCUAGAUCUUUAUUGAGGAUUCAGAAAGAAUUAAAUUAGGGCCAUGGGGAGAGAGAAGGUCACCGCCUCUCUGGUCUUUGCCAUCAGCAUUGCUACAAUCGGCUCUUUCCAGUUUGGCUACAACACUGGAGUCAUCAAUGCUCCUGAGCUGAUCAUACGAGACUUUCUCAAUUACACUUUGGAUAUGAGGUUAGAUGAACUUCCCUCAGCGAUGUUGCUCACUUCCCUCUGGUCCGUGUCUGUGGCUGUCUUCUCUGUCGGUGGUAUGAUUGGCUCUUUCUCCGUUGGACUGUUUGUCAACCGCUUUGGCAGGCGCAAUUCGAUGCUUAUUGUCAACAUAUUGGCUGUUGCUGGUGGCUGUCUUAUGGGGUUCUGUAAAUUAGCUAAGUCGGUUGAAAUGCUGAUCCUGGGCCGCUUGAUUAUUGGCCUCUUCUGCGGACUGUGCACAGGUUUUGUGCCCAUGUACAUUGGAGAGAUAUCUCCUACUGCUCUACGGGGUGCCUUUGGCACUCUCAACCAGCUGGGCAUCGUCAUCGGCAUUCUGGUGGCCCAGAUAUUUGGUCUGGAAGUCAUCUUUGGGUCUGAAGAGCUGUGGCCUGUGCUGCUGGGGUUCACCAUCAUUCCAGCUGUCCUACAAAGUGCAGCCCUUCCAUUUUGCCCUGAAAGCCCUAGAUUCUUGCUCAUUAACAGAAAGGAAGAGGAGAAUGCCAAGCAGAUCCUCCAACGGUUGCGGGGCACCCAGGAUGUGAACCAGGACAUCCAAGAAAUGAAAGAUGAGAGUGCUAGAAUGGCCCAGGAAAAGCAAGUCACUGUGCUGGAGCUCUUCAGAUCACCCAGCUACAGACAGCCCCUCAUGAUUGCCGUCAUGCUCCAGCUCUCUCAGCAGCUCUCUGGAAUUAAUGCUGUAUUCUAUUACUCAACGGGAAUCUUCAAAGAUGCAGGUGUGCAAGAGCCAAUCUAUGCCACCAUUGGUGCCGGUGUGGUUAAUACUGUCUUCACUGUGGUUUCGGUGUUUCUGGUGGAAAAGGCAGGAAGGAGGACUCUACAUAUGCUCGGCCUUGGAGGGAUGGCUGCUUGUUCCCUCCUCAUGACUAUUUCUUUGUUAUUAAAAGAUCAGUAUAACUGGAUGAGCUUUGUCUGUAUUGUGGCCAUCCUGAUCUUUGUGGCCUUCUUUGAAAUUGGACCAGGCCCCAUUCCCUGGUUUAUUGUGGCGGAACUCUUCAGCCAGGGACCCCGCCCCGCUGCAGUGGCAGUGGCUGGUUGUUCCAACUGGACCUCCAACUUUUUGGUGGGACUGCUCUUCCCCUCAGCUAUAAGCAUUUUAGGGCCCUACGUUUUUAUCAUCUUUACUGCCUUCCUUGUUAUCUUCUUGAUCUUCACCUUCUUCAAAGUUCCUGAGACCCGUGGCAGGACUUUUGAAGAUAUUACACGGGCCUUUGAAGGGCAGACGCAGGAGAUGAGUAGAUCUGGGAAGGACCCCGUUGAGAUGAACAGCAUCCAGCCUGAGAAGGAGACCACCACCAAUGUCUAAGUCAUGCCUCUUUCCCACCUCCCUCCAAACAUGGAAAAGAAAACCUCUCCCUGAAUGAGGGAGAGACCUCAUCAGGAUGUAACCCAGGACUGUUUUCUGAAUGCUGCUACUUGAUUCCUUUCUCAUCCCACAUACUUCAUGAGCACUCAGAUGAAGCCAAUGUUGGGGUUAGUUGUAUCUUCAAUGGCUUUAUUUCUUGGACAUUCUCUUCUGUUUAGGAGAGACCAAGUGAACCUACCUUCAUUUCAGGAGGGAUUGGCCACUUGGCAUAUGACAAUCUUGCCAGCUUUUCCUCCCUUAGGUUCUAAUAUUGCCUCACUUGGGCAUAUUGGGGAGUAGGAGUGAGGUUGCAGUUCCCCCAACCUCAGACUUACCAGGAAGGGAAGUAGAUAUAUUUAAAGUAUAGAGGGCAGAGAGGGAUUAAAUAAGACAGCAACUUCCUCACUUCCAUAUAGCUCUGCAGAGCAAAUUGACUUGAGUUUUAUUUAUUUUAUCUUCUGGUUUUAUUGCGUAAAUAUUUAUUUUUUUAAAUGUAAAGAAAUUUUACCAAAAUAAUGGAAAACAAGGAAAUCUAGGUAGAGGGAGGUGUUUAAAGAGAGGUUAUAGAGUAGAAGAAGAUUUGAUACUGGAGAGGUUAAGGUUCAAUAAGAAAGGAAGAAUUUAGGGAGAAAUCGUAGCAUAGUGCAUUAUUGAAGGGUAUAUGAAGUGGUGCCUGAGGUUUGUAUGCUGCCUCUUAACAAUUUCUGUCCUUCAGAUGGAAAUUCUCAAGACUGAUUUCUCAGAAAAGUCAUGUGCCUAUGUAUAAAAAGCUAGUGGUUUCCUUUGGAAUUUUUCUGUUUAAAAUUAUAGUUUAUAUGCAGUAUUACUUGAAAUCUAGGAUUGUUACUAAGAUGGGCAUUGUAGUUGAUGGCAGUUGAUGUGGUCUAAUCUUGGGGUGGAGUCCAGAGAAGGGAAGUUUAUUUCUAGAAAUCCUCUCUCCCUUCACUGAACCAAAUCAUUCUUUCCCCUUAUAAGUAGACUCAUAUUUUUCAAAUACUCCCACUACCCAUCUGGUGGGAGAGGCCUCCAAGUGAGACACUUACAGUAUUGGUUCUUGAUAAAGUAUUUCUCCAUUUUCUUCUUUAGGGGAUUUUAGUUGUUGAUUUCUUUAUUUUGUUUUAAUCCAUAGCUUUAAAGGAAUUUGCAGGAGAAUAUUUAUAACUAACUUGAAUUUGUAACCUCAGCUCUGGGAGAGGGUUUUUCCUGAAUGAUUAUUAUCUAGUUUGUGUUGUUGCUUUAGGGUCAUGGCAUGCUUGUCUAUGUCUGUUUGAUCACUUUUCGGGGACUUGAAUCUUCCAAUAGACCACACUUGAGAUAGUCUGAAUAUAUGUGCAGUGUAGCCCACACUAGAGAGAGUAUGAAUGUCUGUGCACUGUCACUUUGCUCUGGGUGGAAGUAAUUUAUUGGUAACUUGUUUCCUCUAUGUUCCUACUGCUUACCUUUGGGUAGAAUGUAUUAAAUCACAUCCCUGUGUAUAUAGAUAACACUGCCUCUGCUGGGUGGAAUUUGCAUCUUUGGUUUUCUCCCAGUCUUUAGAGUUCAGUCUCAUCUGGCCUUCUUUCCUUGGAGAGUUGGGAAAAACUUCUAAAUCCUGAGGUUGAGGAUGGAGGGCAUAGCCUCACUCUGGGCUCAGACAGUGAGAGUAGGGAAGAGAGUGUGACAUCAGGGUACCCGGGCCUGAGAAGCAGGGGAGAGAGGGAGGCAAUCUUUCAAGGGGAUAAGAAGCAAAUGGAAGACUUGCUUCUAGUCCUGGAGAGUUUCAGAGGGUUAGAUGUGAUGGAGGGAUUUACUCUUGUCACAAGGUCAUUAAUGCCUCUACAAUCAUCUCCUCUUUUGCCGGUAUUUUUAUAAAAGGAGAUUGGACCCUGAUAACACUCAGUGUCUUUCCAUUUUUCAUACAUUGUUUGAUCUCCCUUUCCCUCCUUGGUGCUUACACAUUACAAACCCAUUAGCCAAAACCCUGCCUAUGACAGUAUUUUAGUUCUCAGUUAUCAUUCCCUCUGGUCAUUGAGCCUUUGGGUAAAAACUCAUGUUAACUAUAGAGUGGGGCUCUGUUGGAAGAGGUGACUUCCCUGUAAUCUCACUGCACCUCUACUUCUGGCCCCUCAAAGACAGUGGGUUGACAGUAAUGCAGCGUGGAAGGUUUCUCAUUUCUCAGUGACCAGGUUGUGAAUAUUUCCAAAUGGAUUUUUUAAUUAUUAAUGUUACUGUGGUUCUUCUGUUUUGAAAUAAAAAUGGUGAAUGUACAUAUGA